CCAAACAUGGGUGAAUCAAGACAAGAACUCUUGCAAUGGCUCAACAGCCUUUGCUCGCUCAACCUCACCCGUGUCGAGCAAUGCGGUACCGGUGCCCCAUUCUGCGCAAUCUACGACAGCAUCUUCCUCGACUUGCCCAUGGCUCGUGUGAAGUUUAACGCAAGCGCCGACUAUGCAUACCUGGACAACUUCAAGAUUCUGAGCAACGCCUUCCGCAAGCACCACGUCGAUCGUCCCAUUCCCGUCGAGCAACUAGUCAAGUGCAAGAUGCAGGACAAUCUCGAAUUCCUGCAGUGGACAAAGCGUUUCUGGGACCAGCACUACCCUGGUGGUGACUACGACGCCCUGGCCCGUAGAAAAAACCAAUCUGUUGGCUCCGCUCCUGCUGCUGCCCCGAGAGCUUCCACCACAAGGCGCGCCCCCGCCGUCUCCGCAACCUCCGCCGCUGUCACAAGAACACGCACUCCUCUUGGAGGCUCAGGAGGUGGUGCUCAGACCGCUGCUUUGACACAGGAGAACAACGCACUUAAGGAGACUGUUCAGGGCCUGGAGCGCGAGCGCGACUUUUACUUCAGCAAGCUCAGAGACAUUGAAUUGCUCGUCCAGGGUGCCAUGGAAGCCGAGCCCGAGCUCGAAAAGGAUGAGGGCGGUCUCUUGAAGCAAAUACAGACUAUUCUCUACUCGACCGAGGAGGGCUUCGAGAUCCCAGCAGAGGUUGACGAUGAGGAGGGCGAGUUAAUCGAGGAGGAGACUUUCUAAGUCAUCUCGCAGCUCUGAAUGUCAGCACACCAAAUCCAGACAACAUACAUGAUCUCACACGAUUUCAUGUCUCUGUCAUGCAAUAACGCCAAAACACUUUUCGUCACUUGCUCAAGAUUCCUCCUUAUUUUGGCUUCAGGUCAAAGACGAUUACAGCAGGUCUGUGGAUAGAUAGAAGGCUAUGUGGCUCGAAGGGGUAAAAGGGGCCUGAUGAGGAUACACUGUGCCGACUUUCACCUUUUUCCUUUCAAUAAGAUAAAUUUGUCGUUGUUAGUUCUAGCAUAGCAAGAGAUGGGCCGCAUGAAGCAGCUUUGAACGAGAAAGAAUG